AUGAAUGAUUGUGCUCCUCAUGGUCAUUUUAGUAUGAAAAUUGCUUACAAGAAAUUAUUAGGGCACUAUCCUAAGGUUCCUUGGAGGGCUAGGGCUAUUUGGCGUAAUAAUAAGGCGAUUCCUAGGAGUGUGGUGUGCAUGUGGCAAGCUAUCCUUAAUAGGCUUCCUACUAUUGAUAGAUUGCGGAAGUGGGGGAUGUCUUGGGAUCCUAUGUGUAGACUAUGUAAUGCUGCCCCUAAGACUAGAGAUCAUUUGUUUGGAGAUUGUGUGUUUAUUCGGAAGGGUAAAGCAUUCGCGGAGAUCAUCUAUCAUGUGUGGUUCCAAAGAAAUGUCAAAAUCUUUGAGGAAAAGAGUAUGUAUGAGCAACAACUUGGGAGGAUGGUGAUCUUCAAUGUUGCAACUCGGCUUUCUAAUAAACAGAAACAUAUUCUUCUUGUGUAA